AUGAAUCGACCAAGGAUCGUCGGCCAUGGCCUGAGAAGGCUUGUACAAAAUCCCCCUCGGGGGACUAGAGGCAUCGUCACGGAUGCGGACGUCGUGAAGGCGAGGAAGUACUGCCAGUCGCAGCUUCAACACAGCCACUACGAUGCCCACCUCAUCAGCCGCCUUCUCUCCCCUCGAGCCCAAGACGCCUACCUCGCCCUCCGCAGCCUGAACCUCGAACUCGUCCGCCUGCCCGAAGUCGUCUCGAACCCCAUGAUCGGCCAGAUGCGCAUGCAGUUCUGGCGCGAAUCCGUUGACAAGACCUUCGCAGGCAACCCGCUCGCCGAACCGAUCUGCGUGCUCCUCCACCAGGCCCUCCAAGACCUCCGCGCAAGGUCGCCGAGGAACAGCACGGCGGGCUCGAUGCGAUUCUGGGCGCAGAGGUUGAUCAAGACGAGGGAGAAGUACAUGGACAACCGGCCGUUCACCUCGCUCGCCGCGCUGGAGGAGUAUGCGGAGAACACGUACUCGACGCUCAUGUACGCCACGCUGGCCUCGAUGCCGCUGCGGUCGAUGCAGGUCGACCACCUGGCUAGUCAUAUUGGCAAAGCCUGCGGCAUCGUGGCAACGCUGCGCGGGAUUCCGGUGCUGGCGGCGCCGCAGCAGACGCAGGUCCACACCCCGAAUGGAACAGAGCCUGCGCGGCCGCGCGACCAGGCAUUGCUUCUGCCGCUGGAUGUGAUGUCUGAGGUCAACCUGCGCGAGGAGGAUGUCUACAGAUACGGACCCGAGGCCGAGGGGUUCCAGGACGCCGUUUUCAAGGUCGCGACACGAGCCAACGAUCAUCUCAUCACGGCGCGCGAGAUGCUGAAGAAUCUGCAGGCGGGACAAGGCGCAGGUCACGAAUUUGAGCACCAAGGCGAGGCGGAGCAUGUGUACGAAGAGGAGGACGAUGUUCAGCGGGACAUUAGGAGAGGAUUCGGGGUACUGCUGGAGGCAGUUCCUGCGCAGGAGUACCUCACAAAUCUUGAAGGGACGAAUUUCGACCCCUUCACAGUGCGACCGGGCAAGCUCGCCGAGGUGAAAGAAAUCGCCCUCACCGCCGGCCAAAUUAUACUCCGCAAUGGCGGCGUCAUCCGCGGCCUCUCCAACUGGGGCGUCUUCAUGCUGCCCCGCCCCGUCUCGAAGGCCCAGAUGAAGCAGAAGAACGGCCACUACUUCGUCAUGCGCUACGACGCCUCCUCCAAGACGCACGCCGAGAUGCGCAACACCAUCAACCUCGACCCCCGCGUCAUUCGUACCGCCCACGUGAAACUCGGCGACGGCAAGCUCGAGAGCGCGGCGCGGUUCGGAGAAGUCAAGUGGGAUAAAUGA